UUCCUUCAGACCAAUUACAAACAAGGUUGAAGGUUUUCUCUCCAAUCCCCCACCGUCGUUUCACUCCACUCUGUGGGCCUUCAAAGUUUUAUGUUUUUGGCGUUUCAUUAGUCCUCUUCCGUCUUUCUAUAAAACAAAAUUGAAACCUCCACUCCUUUACAUUUUACCAACGAGCAAGUUCCGACACAGACCAUGGCCACCAACGAGAUAGAGGCAAGGGUUGAGAGCAACAACAAAGAAUUAAAGCACUUGGGGUUUGUGAGAAUUGCUGCUAUACAAACAUACGUGUUUGCGUCAAAUCUGUUUGAGUACGCAAAGCAGAACUCAGGGCCUUUGAGAUCCGCUGUUGGAACAGUGGAGAGCACUGUAACCACCGUUCUUGGUCCUGUUUGCAACAAAUUCAAGGGCGUCCCUGAUGAUGUCCUGGUUUUUGUUGACAAUAAGGUGGAUGAAGCUACUCGCAAGUUCGAUGAGCAUGCUCCUCCUUUUGCUAAGCAGCUUGCCGAUCAGGCUAAGUGUGUGAUUCAGAAAGUGACACAUGAAGCGGGGAAAUUUGCAUGUGAGGCUCGAUCUGGGGGGCCACGAGCAGCUAUACAUCAUGUUGCUACUGAGUCAAAGCAUUUUCUGUUAAUAAACUCCGUGAAGUUGUGGAAUGGGCUUAACCAUUAUCCACCAGUCCAUGCAUUGGCAGAGAUGGCAGUUCCCACCGCUGCUCACUGGUCAGAGAAGUAUAACCAUGUGAUCAAGGUCAUGACUGAAAAGGGUUAUAGUGUUGUUGGGUAUCUACCUUUGAUUCCCAUUGACGAGAUAGCCAAGGCAUUUAAGCAGCAGGGAGAGGCGAAUUUGAAAGGAGAUGAAACAGCCUCAGCUGAAAAGAGAUCAGAAUCAUCUGAUUCUGAUUAAGUUGAGCUUUGCUUCUUUACAAUAUUUGCUUCUGAGUGAGGGCUUCGUGGGUUGAAACUUUCUGGGCCAGGUGGUGGUUGUGGCUAGAGUUGGCAAGACCAUGUAACAAAUCCAAGUACCUAGAAAAUAGGGAUUUAUGUAAAUGGUACGCUAAAUGGUCAUGAAGUUUGUGUCCUACUUUUUUAUUUGCAUAUAUAGAAGAUUGCUUUGCUCAGUGUCUUUAAUUACGACUAUUGACCGUACAGGACAUGAUAAGUACAAUACUGGCUAUUGCACCCAUUGGCAGAUGAAUUUGAUUUCUUUAUACCAGUGGACCCACAAAAGUUGACAUAAUAGGUAAACAACUCGAGCUAAUCGUUUUAUAGCGCUACUUAUAGAACUCGUUAAUCAAUUCUUGCGUUGAUGGGUCGCUCAGGACAAAUUAUAUCUCAACCACCCUCCUUCCUGUUCUAUCCUUGGAUUUACACAAUUAUGUGUUCAUUACCUGAUGAAACCAUAUAGUUGUUUUCUAGUUAUAUUAUAUCCUAGAAGGAUCCACACAAACUAACUUGUGUUCAGCUGUACAAUAUUUUGGAACGUAUGAAUAAAAAGAAUGAUAAACUAUGGAAAAUGCAGUGUCAAUUUUUCUUAGUUUAAAU